AUGUCCACACAUUACACAAUUCGAGUCAAGGUUGACAUGAUUAGUGAGGGUUGCAACGAUCCUGGGAUUGUAGGCUGCGGUAUGGCGUCCAUCAGGAUCAACGGCAUCGAAAGAUCGUACAGGAAACGCGGAUACAAUUUCGUUGUGUUGGAUUACACCACUGGAAAGUUUGAAACUUAUAGAAACUUCGAUACCUAUAAAAGUAGAAGCCAAGUUGAUGAUAUGAGAAGUUUUGUUAAUCAACUCCCAGUAAGGAAAGUUGUACUGAUUGCUACGCAGGACGAAUAUACGUCGAAGAUGACAAGUGCGGAUUACACCAUUUUCGAUAAACUCGGCGCACAGAAUGUCAUAUUGAAAGAUUAUUUUCGAUCUUCGUAUGCUUUUGUUGGGUAUACUGGACCUGGACGGCCAUCUUGGGUUAAACAAGAACAAAGGGACAGAUACAAAGGACCAAGCAAGAUCUCAACCGAGAUUCCGUUUGGAGAGUUUCCCAAUAUCGAAGUAAUAAGCGAAGCCUGUAACGAUAAGAUAAGAUCAGAGGGUUGCGGUAAAGCGUACAUCUAUCUUGAUGGCGAACAAAAAGCAUCUCAAAAACGCGGACAUAACUUCGUAGUGAUCAAUGCUCUUACAGGUAAAUUUGAAUCGGCACAAGCGUUUGACACCCAUGGUGAUAACGAUGCCAGUGGAAAAGUCACUAAUUUCAUCAACAGUAUUCAGAAUGGUCGCGUGGUUAUAGUGGCUGUCCAAGAUGAAGGUGCUAGAAAAAUUGGCAAUGCUCUGGGAGAGCUAAAAAAGAUUGGCGCACAAGAGCCAAUCAUGAACGAGUAUCGCUCAUCUUUUGCUCUGAUUGGUUACAAAGGAGUUGAAACACCAAAGUGGAUCACGCAGAGCCAGCAAAAAAGUCAUCAUGGGCCAUCAUUUGCGAGUGCUUUUGUUCCCUUUGGACCCUCAGCAGCAGAGGGAGAAUUCAUUGUCACCACGUACACUGGAAAUGAAAAGGAUGCGAGUACGAACGCCAAAGUUUACAUCAAGUUCAGUGGUGCUAAUGGUGAUUCCAAGGAAGUUGAACUCGCUAAAUCUGGGGCAGUUACAUUCCAACAAGGAGGAACUGAUGCUUUCCGGAUUCAUGUUGGUGAACUUGGUGAUAUUCGCUCCGUUCGAAUACGUCAAGAUAAUUCUCAAGACAGUCCCAACUGGUUCUUGGCUGCAUUGUCUGUGAAAGACGUGAGGACUGGAAAGACUUACAUGUUCCUGGUUAAUCAAUGGCUUCAGGAUGGCAGCCAAAGUACUGGCGGAAAUCUUAUUACUGCCUUAGCUGUCACUCUAAAUCAACCGUCGUCCCUGUUGAGCAACGAAAUCCAGCACAAUCUGAACAAAUGGUGUAUAUCAAACAUAAGGAAUGCUGGCGACAACUUGAUUGCCCUUUAUGACCGAGGAAAGAAAGCUUCAAAAUUCAAAUGGCGUUGCUACGCCCCGGAAGCGUUGGUUCCAGAGCAAACUGCUUACGACACAGCGAAGAAAAAUGUGAAUUACUACACGCGGGAAGCUCUCGCGAAGGUGUAUCAGGCAGCAACCAAAGCUGAAGACUUGGCUUUAAAAACACUGGAGGAAGAUAAAGCCGAGCGCGGAAUAGUCGUCGAGUACUUCAACAAUAUUCGAGGUCUGGAAGUUGAGAAGCUGACGAGCAGUCCUAAGUACCCGAAAUCACCAGAUGAAGUGCAGAAAGUCCAAAUCUUUGAAACACAGCAGGACAUUGGGAAUUACUACGGCGCGAGGUUGCGAACCUAUUUUGUGCCACCAGCAUCGGGCAAAUACAUCUUCUAUAUGUCCAGCGACGACGACAGUCAACUGUUCAUCGCUAUGACCGAGGGUGGAAACCCAGUGAAAAUACUAGAACUGCAUCACAUGGCUACAGGAUACCGACAAUGGGACAAAGACGUGAAGAAACAGACAUCUAAGGAGAUAGAACUUAAGCAUGGCAUGGCAUACUUAUUGACGGCUUUGCUGAAAGAACACGGUGGAAAAGAUCAUUUGAGUGUUGGAGUCAAAUAUCCUGGUGGAGAGGUUGAGAAACCAAUGUCAGGAAAAUACCUUUUCAUAAGACUCCCAGCAAAGACUGAAGAUAAAUCAGUUACAAAGCCAACCACGGAAGGCGGUCCUCCUGCAGCUCCAGGAGAGUUAAAAGUUCAAGUGGUUAUCAACUGGAAAGUCAUUCCAGGUUCUCUGAUUGAGAUCAGAGCCGGUUCAAAGAACGCAGUAUGGGGUCGUGAUGGCGAAGACAGAGUGUACGCCAUGGUCAACGGAAAGUUCGAAUAUAUUGCUGACGCACGUAAGAUUAUAUCCUUCGGCGUCGGGGAAUCGGCAGUGUGGGCUGUGGAUAGCAAAGGUAGUGUCCUCUAUCGCGAAGGAGUCACUGCGGCUGAACCGAAAGGAACAAGCUGGACUGUUAUCGAUAAACUCCCGCUCGAAAACGAUGCCGCCGUUCAAAUAGACGUUAGCGAAAAGACGUGA